GGCGGAGAUGAGCAGCAGCGCCUUUGAAUUCACAGCUACCGCUAGAGGAAGCUAAUGCUAACACAGAUUGGCGGAGUCGAUUUGUGUGAAUAAACCCGCGAGCUCCCUUUCAGUGGUUUUUAACAGGCGUCAAAGGGAGAGUUGUGCGCUGAGCUCCCGUUCUUUCGUUCUCCGUGUGGGUUUGGGCUAGCUCGGUCAUUUUCCCGUGCUAAUCCACCUCCGAGUGGAUUCAGUUUUUUAAAGAUGCUGGGAUCCCAGCUGGCCUCGCAGUCACUUAUGCAGUCUCCUUUGUGGACAACAGAACAAGUGAACCAAAGUACCUACAGUAUUGUCUGAUCAUUCGUGUCACUGCAGAAUUCACAAGAACAUGCUGAUGGACCUCAGCAAAGACAUCAUGAUGGACCUCGGCAUUACAGUCAUUGGAGACAUCAUUUCCAUUCUUAAACAUGCUAAGCAGGUCUACAGGCAGGACAUGUGCAAAAUGGCCACCGAAGCCAUCUCCUCAGGGCAGACCAGUGUGAAAGCUGAGCUCCGAAGAACCGCCAAUACUCCGGCCACUCGUAUGAUUGCCAACGCUUUGAGCCACGACUCCCCGCCGACAACUCCAGCCCGUCGUCCAGACAACCGCCUCUCGGUCACAGUGUCCAACAUGCAAGCAAACAAGAGCAGCAAAGCAGUUAUAAGUCAGCCAGCUGAAGAGGGGAACAGUUUGCCAGCAGCGAAGCACCGACGAGUGACAGCUGAGAUGGAAGGCAAGUACAUCAUCAACAUGCCCAAAGGCUCCACGCCUCGUACACGCCGCAUCCUGGCCCAGCAGGCCAAGAAAGGAUUAAAACGCACCUCCGUGUUUGCAAGACUUGGAGCUGAAUCGAAGGCCGACACAACAACAAGCAAUAACAAGCCCACCGGUGUGUUCAGUCGUCUUGGCAGAGGGGACGAAGAGGAAGACCAGCCGCAGCCAGACAAAAUGUCCACAUGCAUCGACGUAGACGACGAGGAGGACGACAGCGACGGAGAAGGCUCCGUCCUCCAGUAUGCCGGCGUCCUCAAGGGUGCCCCGUCCUUCCAGAAGAAAGAGCCCGCCACCAAACCGCCGCCAACCACCCUGCGGCGCCUGGGAGGCAAAUUCAAACUACCUCCCUCUGACACUACCACAUCCUCCCCCUCCUCCUCUUCCCCUAACGGCCUCCCCAGUGCCAAGGUCAGUGUGCUUAAAAGACUGGGCAAGCUAGCCGCCACACACCCCAGCGCUGUGUCACCCGCACCUGCUGACACGCAGGACAACCGGGUGACCAGCACCAGGCCCAAAGCCCAAGAGAGACUCACCUUAGCAAGCUCCAAGGUCAGCAGCAGCACCGGGGCUGGGGGAGGGGCUGGGGGAGGGGCAGACGGAGGCGCAGGAGAGUCUCUGGGUGCCCAGAUGGACAUCGGAGCUGUCAGUGUUUUUAAGAGGUUGGGCAACAAGAAAAACUAACGCCUGAAUCCCCACAAAAUGAUUUAGACUCUUUCUGAACUGUAUAGAAUUUGUAUCACUCCCUCUUCUGCGCUGGCGACGAGCGAGACUUUAUCAUGUGGAUGGUCAGUUUUAAUGCUGCUUUUUGGCUUUGGGUUACUCUUCGAUGAAUAUACCUUUUUUUUAAAUUAUUAUAUUUCAACCAUGCUGCCACAGCAAAACCAACUUUGUUUAGUGUUUGUUUUUAAUUGGAGGACUCAAAGUUCUCAGUCAUAUCUGCCAUUUAUGGUUUAAAAAAAUACGUAGGUAACUGUUUGCACGCUUAUGGCAUGAGCAUGACGUCAACCGAGCUGCCAUAAUUUUACCUGUCAACUCCUCAUGUAAGGGUGCUGCUUCCUAAACUUCCCUUUUUCUCAGAGUCCCGCCGAAUGGGAAGAGGUAAAUACAUGUUUCCCCAACAUGACUCGUUGGUCAUUAUGUUGAUAUCGGCCUGAAAAGGAAUUGUCUCUCCGUAAUUAAGGUACACACAUCUGACCCGUGAAGUUUAUUCUUUAAAUUAACACACACGACAACCGUCAGAGGGGAGACUGGUCUACUACUACCUUCAACAGCUCAAAAUAACCUUGUCUACCGUGUUCGGGAAAGUAGAAAAGGUGUCAAUGAGAGAAGUUCUUAACUUCCGCCAAGGACUCACUCCCGCUUAACAAGGAGCACUGCACCUCAUCCCCCCCCCCACAGAUAACCACCUCUCACCUGGGAACUACAUAGGCUCAUGUCUACCUCUCUACCAUUGUACUGAACGUUUUCUACAAACACCUGCCAGUGGAACAUUGUUUAUUUUGAAAUGCAAUGUAUAGCAUUGUUGGACCUGAUUUUACACGGCACAGAAUCCCUCAAGCUGCAUAUUUUUCUAUGUGGACACUCAUGUCUCAUGUAUGCUUGUAAAGAAACUCCAAGAUACAAUCAUGUCUGGUGUCAUGGGGCCGCUGCAGGUCUAGAGUAGGAAGUUCAGUCACCCAGUAUGGCUCAUGGUCACCUGUGUCCUCUUUUGCUCUUUCUUCACACCAGAACUUUGUUACACUGUAAAUAUUUGAAAUGUUUAAAAUCACAUUAUGGAAUUUUUAUAGUUUCAAAGAACAAGCCAGGUUCAAAGACCUCAUGGUUUUUUUAAAGGGUAUUGAAGAAAAGUGAUUCUGAUUUUGAGGAAAAUAUACUUGGAGAAUAAUAAAAAGAGAAGAGUCCAAA